ACACUGCAUUUUCAAUCUAAGCGCGCAGAUCACCAUUUUUGCUUAUUGUGUUCUGUGAAUCUGGUCGUAUCUUUUGUAAAUCGGUGUUACCAGGUUGAAAAGUAGAAAGUUAUAAUAUUGAUUCUAGCAGAAGACUUUUCGUAUUUACAGAUCCUGAAAGAAAAACUGGAUAUGGAGUGGAAUGGUGUUUAUACAUGAUGGAAUCGGAAUAAUUGAUGUGCUGAUUUAGUUUCUAAUUAAACUUUUUCAUAUACAUUCAAAAGUAUGCAGAGAGAGAGAUUGUAUCCUUGCCAAGAAUGUGGCAAAAGUUUCCAUCAGAUGAAUCAGCUAAAGCAACACUUGAUUAUACAUAUGCCAGAAGAACAGCGUCCAUUUAGUUGUUAUAUAUGUGCUAGAAGAUUCAAUAGACUUCAUCACUUGAAAUUACAUUUAAUGGUUCACUUAGGCCAAAGUCCCCAUACCUGUGAUAUAUGUGGACGUACCUGUAAUCAGCUAAGUGAUUUGAAAAAGCAUCAGAUGAUACAUACUGGCGAAAGGCCGCACUCUUGUCAUAUCUGUGGUAAAGGCUUCAUACAAGUAGGGGGUAUGCGUCGUCAUAUACAGAAGCAUGAAGAAGAAGCUGAACUAUCAUUGAACUGUAAAGUUUGUGGGAAAACUUUUUCGAAAAUUGGUUACUUGCGAAAACAUGUACUUUGCCAUACUAGUGAAAAACCAUAUUCAUGUGAUGUGUGUGGGAAAUGUUUUGCUCAUGAAACUGGAUUAAAGCAGCACCUCAUUAUACAUAAUGGUGAAGAGCCACAUUCUUGUGAAUACUGUGGAAAAACAUUCAAGAGACUGGGAAAUCUUGAGAAACAUGUCGUAACUCAUUCAGGUUGCCUUCCAUAUAACUGUGAUAUAUGUGGAAAGCAGUUCCUACAGUUAGGAAGUUAUAAAAGACACGCACUGAGACAUUCUAGUGUUAUUUCAGAUCAUUUUGAAUCUGUUGAGCCAUCUACCACAGAUGAUGAGGUAUCAGUUUCAGAAAGUCAUGAAGACUUUGUUUCUAAUGUAAAUAAUAAUUCAUGGGUAGUAAAUGGAGAUCAGAUUUUAAUUAAAACAGACAGCAGUGGUUCUUCAGAAGACGCUGCUUCUAACCUGGACAACAGUUCAUGGGUUGUGAACGGUGAUCAGAUUUUGAUUAAAGCUGAUGGUAAUGGGCCUUCUGAAGAUGAUGCAGAUGGCAAAAGUGAAGAAACUUUUAUGAUUGUUAUCAAUGACUCUAACAUAGAUGACAUUACUGAUGAUAUCAUUAAAGUAAUUGAAUAAGCCUGCAUUAAUUUAAAUAAUAUAUUUUAUAGAUUGAAAAUGAUGAUGAUACCUUGUACGAAAUGCAAAUUUCUGUAUAAAAGUUUUUUUUUUUUGGAAAUUAGCUAUAUUUGAAUUUCUUUAAAUAAAGCCUUUUACAUUUAUUUUAUUCAGAAAAUAAUUAAAUUACCUUAUACUUUUGUUGGGUCAUUUCAGUUAUUAUAGUUAUGCAUAUUAAUAGUUGCAUUUGACUUACAAAUUUUCAUUUCCCUAGUCACAAAAAAUUAUGGGCAGAAUUUUAGUAUGGAUUGAUUAAAAAAGAUUAUAAAAAAUUUUUCUUGAAAAUAGUUAAACGCUGUGUAAAGAAUUAUUGAGAAUGGGUGUUCAUCCUUUUCUGUUCAUAACUGGCUGAAACAUGAAAAUAUGUAUUUCCAUAAAUUAAAAUUAAUUUAAAUUCUGAUAACUUUGGAUUUAAUCAAAAAAUUUUACUUCAUGGUAUUCAGAAUUUAUGUUUAAAAUCUUGUUAAUUUAAGACAUAAUAAAAAUUCAAGCACCUUAUGCACAUGAAAGCUCUUUGCAUUUUUCUUCAGCACCUGCACUAAGACUUUUUAUAUAUAAAAUUAAUGUAAACAUUUAUUUUAGCAAAUAAAGUUGAAAAUUUGAA